GCCGCGGACCUCGGGCGCCCUCAGCCCAGGCCCUCAUGGAGCUGCGGGUCGCCAACUUCAACGGCAGCUGCGAGAACGGUUCCAUAGUCAGCCUCUACUGCUCCUCCCAAGAGGUCCUCUGUCAGAUCGUGAGAGGUAUCAGCCCUGAAGAGCCCAGCAAUGCCACCUCAAUCACUUGGCAAGAGAGGGUCAGGAAGAAGUAUGGCUUCUACAUCGGUGUGGGCCUCGCCUUCCUCUCCUGCUUCCUCAUUGGCAGCAGUGUCAUCCUUAAGAAGAAGGGCCUCAUUCGACUUGUGGCCACGGGGGCCACGAGGGCAGUGAAUGGAGGCUAUGGCUACCUGAAGGAUCCAAUGUGGUGGGCUGGAUUUGCUACCAUGUCUGCUGGAGAAGUUGCCAACUUCGGGGCCUAUGCAUUUGCGCCUGCGACAGUUGUCACACCGCUGGGAGCACUGAGCGUCCUCAUAAGUGCCAUCUUCUCCUCCUACUGUCUGGGAGAGUGCCUGAAUCUACUGGGGAAGCUGGGCUGUGUGAUCUGUAUGGCUGGCAGCACAGUGAUGGUCAUACAUGCCCCCAAGGAGGAGAAGGUCACUACUGUCACAGAGAUGGCUUCCAAGAUGAAAGACACAGGGUUCGUCAUAUUUGCUGUUCUUCUGGUGGUGUCUUGCCUCAUCCUCAUCUUCAUUGUCGCCCCACGUUAUGGACAAAGGAAUAUCCUCAUUUACAUCAUCAUUUGCUCUGUGAUCGGAUCCUUCUCUGUGACUGCUGUCAAGGGGCUGGGUGUCACCAUUAGGAACUUCUUCCAAGGCUUACCAGUUGUCCGGCACCCCCUCCCCUAUAUCCUGUCCCUCAUCCUGGGACUUUCUAUCAUCAUUCAGGUCAACUUCCUCAACAGAGCACUGGAUAUUUUUAACACCUCACUGGUCUUCCCCAUCUACUAUGUUUUCUUCACCACGGUGGUAGUGACCUCCUCCAUCGUCCUCUUCAAGGAGUGGUACACUAUGACUGCUGUGGAUAUUGUGGGCACACUGUCUGGCUUCGUCACCAUCAUCUUGGGUGUUUUUAUGCUUCAUGCUUUCAAAGAUUUGGACAUCAACCAAAUCAGCUUGCCACACACGCAUAAAAACACAACUCCAGCUCCUGCCCCAGAGCCCACGGUCAUUAAACUGGAAGACAAGAAUGUCCUUGUGGACAACAUAGAACUUGCCAGCACACCAUCACCACAACAGAAGCCCAAAGUAUUCAUGAUCCAUUCUUAAAGCCUGGAAGAUGUGAGCAAGAGGAGACACCCAAUGGUCUAGCCUGACCUCUCAAGUUCAAAACUUCCUGGUUACUUUCAGCACAUCUCUUGCCGAGGGCUAUCUUUUUUUGAGAUAUUUAUUUAUACCUCACUGCUGUUCCUAGAAGAAAAAAAAAAUCCCUACCUUGUAAGGUAGGUGGCAGGACUUCCUAGAGAUACAGCCUUGGUGACUAAAUCCACCAGUUUCUGUUGAAGCCAGCAAGUCCCCAGAGCCUCUUCCCUCUGGUUCCCUCAGCACCAUCCAUAUGUUGUUAGGGAGAAGAUAAGAGUUUGACCUGAUGAAUGUAGCCCAGUUCAAGAAUCGCCCUCAGAUAUUGGUCAUCAGGAAACCCUUCAUGCCACUUGGCCUGUCCAGCUGGACUUCUAAGUCCUUAGCUCAAGAAUGAGGCUUGCAAGAGGACUACAGAGCCAUCUGUAUGCUGCGCAGUGCCAAAGUGCAUAGCAGGUGCCAAGUAGCCUGGUGUUCCUUAGAGACAGAAGCAAGACCCUGGCUGACCUUCUUACUGUGAAUACCACCUGAUGUCUCAGGGAAGUUUCAACUGGCCUAUGCUCCAAGCAGAGCAACUGGAGGUCACAUCUUGCUGCCCGGGCCUCCAGUGGCACCACCAGGCCUCCCUCUCUCUGUCCAAGUCACCACUCACUGAAACAUGCAGGCUGUAACUUUAGAACUCAACAGCACAGGAAUGCUUCCUAGUCCAGCUCUGAUGGUCACCUAGCCUUCUCUGGGAAGAAAACGGCACUGUGCUGUCAUGCUGGAAUUUAGCAGAAUGCAACUUCCUUUGUGUCAAGAAGUUGACCACAACAUGACUUGGGGAGGUGGGGGAGAGUAUGAGACACAAUGUCAUGGUUUUCUGAAGGGAUUCAUGGGCUCUCCGGAAACCUGGAAGUAACUUUUGGCCUGAUUCAGUCCCAAGCAAGAACCCAAACCAUCCCCUCACUCCAUCCCCUCAAAAAGGAGUGGAGACAUUUCUGAGCUAUAGCUAGUAGAAUUGGCUUUGAAUCUCAGUGACCAAGUGGGAGUUCAGGCUUGGCACAGCCUUGUUAACCCGGCUGGGACUGAAUCUAUCUCCAAUGACAACCUAGCUGCCCACACUGGAAACAGUGUGCUGUGAAUCCUCCACCAUCACCUGCUCUGAGGCCUACCUUUGGUGACCUCACAUUUAGCCAGAGGCAUGGACAGAAGAGCAGCUGGAGAGAGAAUGGGCUUGGCACAAGGACCAUAGAGAGUAAAGUUAGGAGCCAGUCUGUGGGAAAGAGGGGAGACUUGAUCUUCAGUGCAGGUAACACUGGCAAGCUCCCUGCCUAUGUUUGUUCACAUCUGAUCCCCUAAAUACAACCACACCCUGGCCAAACUGUUUCUGGCUUUGGGCAAGCUCUUAGGGAAGAUCAACACUCUGUACCUUCCACCUCCAAUCCCCAGGGUCUUAAUGAAUGUGGAUUUCUGACUGUAACUGAAAUCAAUGCAACACAUUGGAUCUUGGGAGUAGCAGUAAACUGGAGGUCUUGAGAGCGUGGGCUCUGGGGUCGAGAAUAAAGCCUUCAGAGU